CUUUUGAAUUUGAAAUGGAAGAAAAGUCUAGAUCAUGCAAUGUGUGUGACACGUGGCACUCAUUUUCAUUAUAUGUGCAUAUUGAACAAGUGGCAGCAACAGCAGUGUGGGGAUUGAUGACUUUACUUAUAAAACCUAUGAAGGAAAGCGAACCAGUCAGUGCUCUCCUAAGACAGCAUUUGGUUCUUUGCUCUGUUGAGUACCGCAUGCAAUUGUAGGCAACACACAAGUUGUGAGGGAGUACCUUCCUAGUUCCCAAGCGAACAAAGCGAGUCAUCAUUAGCAAAAGCAGCACUAUCCAGGUUAGGUUGUUGAGCAGAUGAUGUUUAUAGCUGUGCUACUUGAGUUGGGGUGAUCUGAAUUUGUGUUGUAUUGAAACUGAACAUCAUUCCUGCUGCAAGAAGCAUCUUCAAAAGUCUAUUGCUGUGAAUGCAGUGUCCAAGAAUCUUGUCAAAUUUAGUUGGCUAAUCCCAGGGGUGCCUCGAACAAGAUGGAUGAUAUGGUUACACUUUGUGAUAUCUGUGGGGAUCAAGGAAUAGAAGAGUAUCUUGCUAUUUGUAACAAGUGUCCUGAUGGGGCAGAACACAUUUAUUGUAACGAUGAUAAGUUGGACAAACUUCCGGAAGGUGACUGGUGGGUCUGUGAAGACUGCAGGAAGUCACCAGGAUCUCCUCUGUUGAACUCAGAAUUUAAAGGACAGCUGGCAAAGGCUCGUUAUUUGCCAAAGCAGAAUGCUGAGAAAAAUAUAGCUAUUUAUGAUACUAGAAAGAGAAAAAAUCUUGGUUUGCUGUCCAAAUCUGGGUCAUUUGAUAAUGCUAGUAGCUCAGUGAAAUUAAAUGGCAAAUGCUCUGAAGUUGUAGCAAAUGACUUGGCAAACACACCUGGGUCAAAUUCUCUAAAGCGAAAAUAUAGAGACAUGGUUGGAGCUCAUGAAAUUGGUGAAUUUGAUGCUAUGGAUACAAGGUCCCCAGGUGACAGAAUUUUGCUAGGUGGAGAUAAUUACAAUUCUGGUUGUUCUGAUUUGAGACAAUCCCUUGAUGGAAAAAAGGAAACACCGGAAGAUGUGAAAGGCAAGAUGCCAAUGAAAGAGAAUAACAAUGCUGACAAUGGCAAGCUUCCAAUGGACCAGAAAAACAAUGACUCUCUUUCAGUUGCUUCACCUACAAGCUAUGAGGAAUAUAUGGAGCUGCUUUAUUGGGGUGCUGUGGAAACAAUGGCGACUCUACUGUGGAUUAAGCGAAAUUUAGUUUAGGCUUUGAAUGGCGCCGUAUCAAUAUCUCUUGAAUAUAGUUAUCCCUUUGUGUACACUGGCUCACAGUGAUAUUUAUCAUUUCCAGUCUCCAUAGAAAUUUCAACUGUAGGAUGGAGCAUGGUUUGCUUGCGUUUCCUGAUUGUUUUCGCUGGAUUUCCUUUAUUCUAGUUGUUGUCCUUUUCCUAGUACAUUUGCUAGUUUAUUUUUCCGUUGAGACAUUUUCUUCAUAGACAUGUUUACAGGGAAAGAGUUUAAGUGAGUCUAACUCAAUUAUAUCAGUUGCUGAUUAAUUUAUUUUACAGAAAAUAUUGUCAGCUAGACUUGUUGAUUUGGCUCAUAAAUUAUAAAAGAUGUGUUCAUCA